AUGGGGGAGAAAUCGGGGGGUAGAAUGAGGGGAGGUGUGUCCUUUGGGAUAUUGUUGUCGGAAAAUGAACACUACAUGUCAUAUAAAAACCAGCGACGAUUGAAGAUAACACGAGGAAACCAGACAAAACCUACAGGACUGGCUGGUCAGAAAGUUCAUUGGCAAAACUUCCAAAGCACUUUGACCCUUAUGGGUCACUGCAUCGUUGGUGAGGACAACCACCUAACCCUACGUCAACACAAGGAUUAUUGCGUUAAACGAACUCAUUGGGUAAAUGAAAGCUGCUCACAGGACCCACACCAACAAAAGCAACAACAGAGACGUCAUAGCAAUAUUAAGAUCAAUAUUUAUAGCAAUAUUAGUAGCAGCAGUAGCAUUAUAAUUGUAGUAGCAGAUACAAUUACUGUCAACGUUUCUCCUUCUCUUCUUCCUUCCUCCUCCUCCUCCUCCUCUUCCUCUUCGUCUUCCUCCCCCUCCUCCUCCUCCUCUUUCCAAAGCGAACCUCUCCUUCAACUCCCUGUCCAUCAUCUUCAUCGAUGUGACCACGCCCUCUCGCCCUCAUCCCUAGAGCUUUCGUUCCGUCUGCCAUCUCGCUUAAUGUUCGUGUUACAUCAUCUCUCAGUAUCCCUUUGUGUCUCAUCGACAUCUCUUCAUCACCUUCUCUGGCCUCGUUCCUUGUCUUCAUGGACUAUCAUCCCCGCCCUCCCCCCUCCCCCUCCCCCUCCCAUCCUGUCCUCUUCGACCGAUCCCAACUCCUCCUCCUCCUCCUCCUCCUCCUCCUCCUCCUCCUCCUCUCCACACACACCUCCUAGUAAGUAA